GAAAGUUGAAACAUUAUAUGAAGGGAGGGGUCCACAGAUCCCUUUGUACAAACAGUCAGCAUCAAACAUCGGGUCACUUUUCAUUGGAAUAAUUAUCCACGUUCACUUAACAGAAGGAUGGAAUUAAGCGUCAUUUUGUCACAGAUCGAAAAUGAGAAUGAGAACGAUGAAGAAAUAGAGAGGCUUUUACAUGAAUACAACACAGAGAACUGUCGCACAUUUAGUUUUGAUAAGAAGGAAGAGGAUGCACGUAUACGGCUGUGCCGGGCUCUGCUGGGGGUCCUGGGUCGGGUGGCACAGCCCAGGUGCCAAAGCACGUGUCUGGAGACGCUGCGCAUCCUCUCUCGGGACAAGCGCGUGCUGGGGCCAGUGAGCACCCGCGAGGGCAUCCUAACCCUUGCAGGGCUGGCACGAGUUGGCCCCGACGUGCCCCGGGGCACCGGCGGAGAGCAGCAGGACGAGGACGAGGAGGAGCGCGUGGUGGUGGAGGCGCUCAAGUGCCUGUGUAAUGUGGUGUUCAACAGUACACAGGCUCAGCAGGUGGGCGCGGACGUGCAGCUGGCGCAGGGCCUCUGUGCCAGUCUGCACGCGGCUGGGGCAGGGGCGGCGCCGCACGAGGUGGGCCUCUUCUCGCUACGCCUGCUCUUCCUGCUGUCGGCACUGCGCUCGGACGUGCGGAGCGUCCUGCGCAAGGAGCCGCGCGCCCUGGCGCUGCUCACCGACGUGCUGGAGCGUGCCCUGGACGUGCACUGGGCCGGGCCCUACAAGGUAGCCCCGCUGGAUCCCCAGGCACCCCCCAUCCCCUCACAGGAGAAUGAGCGAGCCAUGGAGGCCCUCAAGGCCCUCUUCAACAUCACCCUCUCCGACUCCAGUGAUGAGUCUCUGACCGGUCAGGACGCUGAGCACCAGUUGCGACUCCUGGUGGCCAUCAUGAGACACCUGCUGCUGCUGCGCACCCACACGGAGGAGACGACUGAAGAGGCACACAGCCAUGCUGUUAACCUUCUGAGCAACAUUCCCUCGUCGUGCCUGGACGUCCUCAUCGACGUUCCCGUGCAGCUCGGACAGGAGGAGGAUGGCGGGAAGAACAUGGCCGCCAUUCAGGUGCUACUGGACUUCAUGGAGAAGCGCGUUGACCGGGGCUCCAACUACAAGGAGGGCCUGACGCCAGUGCUCAGCCUGCUGGCGGAAAGUUCCAGAUACCACCGAGAAAUCCGCAGAUACAUCAAGGCCAGGGUGCUGCCUCCGCUGAAGGAUGUGUCGAGCCGGCCGGAGGUGGGCACCACCAUCCGCAACAAGCUGGUGCGUCUGAUGACCCACGUGGACAUGGGUGUGAAGCAGAGCGCCGCCGAGUUCCUCUUCGUCCUCUGCAAAGAGAGCGUGGAUAACUUGGUGAAGUACACAGGCUAUGGCAGUGCUGCAGGCUUGCUGCUGUCUCGCGGGCUGUUGGCGGGAGGCCGAGGGGAGACUCAGUACUCAGAAGACGAAGACUCUGACACGGACGAGUACAAGGAGGCCAAACCAUACAUCAACCCCAUCACGGGCCACGUAGAGGAGCUGGGGGCCAACCCCAUGGAUGAGAUGACCGAGGAGCAGAAGGAGUACGAGGCCCAGAAGCUCGUCAACAUGAUCGACCAGCUGUCCAGGCAGCAGCUGAUCAAGCCCAUGGGCGUGAGGAAGGACGGCACACUGGCGCCCCUCGAGGAGACCGUAAGGGCCUGCGCUGACAACAGCAGUGACUCAGACUCAGACUGACCGCUGCCUCACCCCUCACUCCGUCUUCCUGUCUCACACUUCUGCUGCGCCACUGCCUGCAUGGCCCCCGCCUGCCUGCCACACACACGCGCGCGCGCGCACACACACACACACACAGGCAGGCUCACACCUUAUCCAGGCUGCACACACAGAAGGAGCAGACUCAUCUCUCUCAAGUUGAUAUCAGUCACAUUUCAAUCAAAGCUCUCACCCUUUUUUGCCAAGUUGUCAAUACUGAGCUGGCUUAACUGAUGGGAAACAAAACCUAACCAACAGAAACAGCCAGCAGCACCUCACAGCUGACAAGUCAGGAUUUGACCAAAGACUAGAGUACUGAACUAGAAGAGGAGAGAAAUCAGUCUGCUUUACACUACUAUGUACUAUGAGUACUAUGGUUACAUUCCCAAAACAAGUUGUAAACACAAGCUAUCUGUACAUGACAUGUAUCUGAACAUAUAUCAGUGUUGGUUUAUGUAUGGCUUAUUCAGGAUUUGCGUAUCGAAGACUUACAUAGGAAUUGUUAUUAAAGAUGUAUUGGGCACUGUGCCUUUUUAAUGCCUGGUGGGUGUAGUGAAGACUGAUUGUUGGAGUCAUAGUAGAGAACGAUUUGUGGCUCAAGCUUGUUUUUUCCCCUCUCUCUCUUGUUCCACACUUCAAACCAGAAAAUGCAUGGUGUUGGAAUCCAACUUUCUUGUAUGAUUUUGUUGUUAAUAGUGGGCUGUUAAACAAAAAUUUCCAUAACAAUUGAUCGUUUUAUGAUAAAAGCGUCAAAUGGUAGGAAACCCUAAUCAGACAAAACCCAUAUUUGUUGGCCACCUAUAGUUUUGGAUCUGAUCGGACCUCAUUUAAUGUCUUUGGAUCAGAAUCCCUUUGUGCGUUUUUGUACCAACUAUGAUGCUUUUAUCAACAUACCUGCAAACUAGUCGCUUUUCGGCGACAUUCACGUUUUUUUAUUUUAUCUGUGAGACUGAUACAGAUUUCAUACCAGAGUGAUAGGGAGAGAAGGAGACAAGACGGACAGAUAAUUGACAGGCAUGGUUGGCUUCUCUUUGUGCUAUUUUUGCAGACCUACCUAUCAGUUGUUUCUGAGGGCGGGCUUUAUCUCUCACUUUCUGUUAAGCAUAGCCUGCCUGCAGCACUCAUGCCCCAUGCUGCACUAAAGUGUAUCUCUGACUAUAGACUCGAGGUAAAACAUCUGAUUGUCAGGCUACUUUUCUUCUGCCCUCGCUGGGAAUCUAGUCCUAAAUUCUUCAGCGUCGUGCUUAACAAGUCAAAGUAGCAUUCCCGCAGCUGGACGUUUUGAAUUCCUUUGCAAAAUAAAAAUAAUCUGCACUGAGUGCGAUUGUGAAUUUACCUCGGCCUAUUAGUUUAAUUUUGUCUUGGAAAGGUACUGCUUGUUCAUGAGUUAUUUUAUUCCAGUUAGCAUUAUAUUUCCCAUGUGUCGCUGAUGGUUGAGUUCUCAGGGAGCGCAGACCUUUCCAAGGCCAAAUGUAGCUAUUUGCAACAAAUCUGAAAGUGGACAUAGAAAAAUAUUUCGAGCUGCUCAAUGAUAGGUGUUUUAUUUGAUUGUUUUCUUUGUAGCAUACAGAUCAUAAUUCUUGAUUAUUAGCGCAGAAAGACACCGACAUGACAUAACAUCUUCACAAAAGGAAUAUCAAAUAAUAAUGCAUUGAAAAGAGAUAAUUAUAGACCUGACAUGAUAGAACAGAGACCAGAAAAUGGACAUCCAGUCCCUUAGCUCAGGAUUAGGCUUUAAAACAGAUUGGCAACAUUGGUGUGUUUUUUUUUUCUUUUGGAUGCAUAGCUGCUACGUGAAGGCCAACGUGAUAGGCCUUCAUUUAUUUUCCUGGUUUGAGGUAGUACUCAAGAAAUGUCUUCAAGGGUGGCAGGUCUGAAAAUGUAUUCUCCAUAAUAAAGAUAUUUAUUAGGCUAAGCAUAGCCUUAAUUAAAAAAAAAAAAAAACAGUUGGUAGGCCUAUGCCGUUUUAAUCUGUAAAAAUGUCAAACGCAUACUUAAAUGUUGCUUACUGCACGUUUAUUAUAUGCAUUAUUGAAUGCUUCGAAUAUCUACCUAUGGGUAUGUAAUGUUAAUGUUGGCUUUUCCCGUUAUUUUCUUCUCAGAGUACAGCAGAAUGCUUUGUUUACGUGUUAAAAUCUAAAAAAGAAUCUUCAACAUGGAUUUAGUUCCAAAUAUGUCACCUUUUUCAGCCCUUCUGAGUUUGCAGGUAUGUAUCAUAAAGUGACAAUUGUUUAUGCUAAACUGCCCCACUAAAUUAGCUGUAUUCUAACGUAUGGUACAUAUUUUGCCCCUUCUGUUUUUUGAAUACCUUAUUGUACAGCCUAUCUCAGUUAGGAGACCUAGUUUCUUUUCUAAAGCUCUCCUGCGGUGAACUGUUAAACUGAUGUAGACUGGUCUGGUCUGCAUGGUGAAUGAAUAGCCUUUCUCUCCCAAGAGUAUUACUUGUUCCUCUGAUGUGGUGCCCAGGUGACUGAUGAAGUCUGGUCUUGGAACUGUAAUGAGCUAGCUAGUAGGGUCCUGGAAAAAAGUUAUCCUGCAAGGAUGUUGGCAUUUCUGACCAUAUAUGAGCACAUCUUUAUUGACAAGAACAGAAGCUAUUGUUUGUUUGUGUGUGUGUGUGUGUGUAUAUAUUGUAUAUAAUUGCAAAUGAGUUAAUGCCUCACCUUAGACUUGCAUCAUGUACACAGCCACUAGAGAUGACGUAUUCAAGAGAAGAAAAAAAAAAUCAAAAACCAUCCACCAGUCUCCUAAAGAAUUUGCUCUUCUGGUCAGUCUUUAUGACAAUCCGUUUUGUCCCUUCUCUCUUUUUCUGUGAGACUGCUGGUCUUAGCAACCAGGUGCCCCUCUGCCCCUGUAAGUCCCCCAGUGGAAGUGACCAUUCCUCCCCCAGACGGACUCUUCACUGGGCCUACUUGAUCUCACUCCCUCCCUUCUCCAGGGAGCUCUGAAUGUCCUCUGUAUAAAUGUGUAUGUGGGUGCUUUUGUAAUUAUUUUUCUCUCUUAAAAUGUACUCUAAUUCUACACAACCUGAAAUGAUUUUUUUUUUUUAUACGUAUAUUGUUUGCUAAACCGACAAUGAAGAAACUAGAGAAUAAAUGACAUUUCUGUGA